GAAGCUAGGCUCCCACUGUGCACUAGCCUCACUCCCUGUCGCUCUCUGUGUGUGGGUGGGUGUGCAUGUGUGUGUGUGUGAGGGUAUACAUUUUUAUGCAGUGGGUGUUUAAAGAGCUAAGCACUGAAGCUGGAUUUCCACAAACGAUCAUCACGAGCACUCCAGACACACCAAACUUCCUCUCUUGGAUGGAGGAUGAAGCUGUCCUGGACAGAGGGGCUUCCUUCCUUAAGCAUGUGUGUGAUGAAGAAGAAGUAGAAGGCCACCACACCAUCUAUAUUGGGGUCCAUGUGCCGAAGAGCUACAGGAGAAGGAGACGUCACAAGAGAAAGACAGGGCACAAAGAAAAGAAGGAAAGGGAGAGAAUCUCUGAGAACUACUCUGACAAGUCAGAUGUGGAAAACGCUGAUGAGUCCAGCAGCAGCGUCCUCAGACCCCUGAUCUCUCCCGCUGCGGAACGCAUCCGAUUCAUCUUGGGCGAGGAGGAUGACAGCCCAGCACCCCCUCAGCUCUUCACCGAACUGGAUGAACUGCUGGCUGUGGAUGGGCAGGAGAUGGAGUGGAAGGAGACAGCGAGGUGGAUUAAAUUUGAAGAAAAAGUGGAACAGGGUGGGGAGAGAUGGAGCAAGCCCCACGUGGCCACAUUGUCCCUUCACAGCUUAUUUGAGCUGAGGACGUGUAUGGAGAAAGGAUCCAUCAUGCUUGACAGGGAGGCUUCUUCUCUCCCACAGUUGGUGGAGAUGAUUGUUGACCAUCAGAUUGAGACAGGCCUAUUGAAACCUGACCUUAAGGAUAAGGUGACCUAUACUUUGCUCCGGAAGCAUCGGCAUCAGACCAAGAAAUCCAACCUUCGAUCCCUGGCUGAUAUUGGGAAGACAGUCUCCAGUGCAAGUAGGAUGUUUACCAACCCUGAUAAUGGUAGCCCAGCCAUGACCCACAGGAAUCUGACUUCCUCCAGUUUGAAUGACAUUUCUGAUAAACCAGAGAAAGACCAGCUGAAGAAUAAGUUCAUGAAAAAACUGCCACGUGAUGCAGAAGCUUCCAAUGUGCUUGUUGGGGAGGUUGACUUCUUGGAGACUCCUUUCAUUGCCUUUGUCCGGCUGCAGCAGGCUGUCAUGCUGGGUGCCCUCACUGAGGUUCCUGUGCCCACAAGGUUCUUGUUCAUUCUCUUAGGUCCUAAGGGGAAAGCCAAGUCCUACCAUGAGAUUGGCAGAGCCAUUGCCACCUUGAUGUCUGACGAGGUGUUCCAUGACAUUGCUUAUAAAGCAAAAGAUAGGCAGGACCUGAUUGCUGGCAUUGAUGAGUUCCUAGAUGAAGUCAUUGUCCUUCCACCUGGGGAAUGGGAUCCAGCAAUCAGGAUAGAGCCUCCUAAGAGUCUUCCAUCAUCUGACAAAAGAAAGAAUAUGUACUCAGGUGGAGAGAACGUUCAGAUGAAUGGGGACACGCCCCAUGAUGGAGGCCAUGGAGGUGGAGGACAUGCCGAUUGUGAGGAAUUGAAGCGAACUGGACGGUUCUGUGGUGGACUAAUUAAGGACAUAAAGAGGAAAGCACCAUUUUUUGCCAGUGAUUUUUAUGAUGCUUUAAAUAUUCAGGCUCUUUCAGCAAUUCUCUUCAUUUAUCUGGCAACUGUAACUAAUGCUAUCACUUUUGGAGGACUGCUUGGGGAUGCCACUGACAACAUGCAGGGCGUGUUGGAGAGUUUCCUGGGCACAGCUGUCUCUGGAGCCAUCUUUUGCCUCUUUGCCGGUCAACCACUCACUAUUUUGAGCAGCACAGGACCUGUUCUAGUUUUUGAGAGGCUUCUGUUUAAUUUCAGCAAGGACAAUAACUUUGAUUAUUUGGAAUUCCGCCUUUGGAUUGGCCUGUGGUCAGCCUUCCUGUGUCUCAUUUUGGUGGCCACCGACGCCAGCUUCUUGGUUCAGUACUUCACUCGCUUCACUGAGGAGGGCUUCUCUUCUCUGAUUAGCUUCAUUUUUAUCUACGAUGCUUUCAAGAAGAUGAUCAAGCUAGCCCAUUAUUACCCCAUCAACUCUGACUUCAAAGUAGGCUACAAUACUCACUUUUCCUGUGCCUGUGUGCCACCUGACCCAGUUAAUAUCUCCUUAUCUAAUGACACUGCAUUGGCUCCGGAAGAUUUGCCAACUAUUUCUUCUACUGACAAGUACCAUAAUGCUACCUUUGACUGGGCAUUUCUGUCGACGAAGCAGUGUUUGAAAUCUGGAGGAAAGCUCAUGGGGAACAACUGUGAAUUUGUUCCUGAUAUCACGCUCAUGUCUUUCAUCCUCUUCUUGGGCACCUACACCUCUUCUAUGGCUCUGAAAAAGUUCAAAACUAGUCGUUAUUUUCCAACCACGGCAAGGAAACUGAUCAGUGACUUUGCCAUUAUCUUGUCCAUUCUCAUCUUUUGUGUAAUAGAUGCUCUAGUAGGUGUGGAUACUCCAAAACUACUUGUGCCAAGCGAGUUCAAGCCAACAAGUCCAAACCGGGGUUGGUUUGUUCCACCCUUUGGAGGAAACCCCUGGUGGGUGUACCUUGCAGCUGCUAUCCCAGCUUUGUUGGUCACCAUUCUGAUUUUCAUGGACCAGCAAAUCACAGCUGUGAUUGUAAACAGGAAAGAACACAAACUCAAGAAAGGAGCUGGAUAUCAUCUGGACCUCUUUUGGGUGGCUAUCCUCAUGGUGGUGUGCUCCUUCAUGGCUCUUCCGUGGUAUGUGGCUGCUACCGUCAUCUCUAUUGCUCACAUCGACAGUUUGAAGAUGGAGACGGAGACUUCUGCACCUGGAGAACAACCAAAAUUUCUAGGAGUGAGGGAACAAAGAGUCACUGGAACCCUUGUGUUUAUUCUGACUGGUCUGUCAGUCUUUAUGGCUCCCAUCUUGAAGUUUAUUCCCAUGCCUGUACUCUAUGGCGUGUUCCUGUAUAUGGGGGUAGCAUCCCUUAAUGGUGUGCAGUUCAUGGAUCGCCUGAAGCUGCUUCUGAUGCCCCUGAAGCAUCAGCCUGACUUUAUCUACCUGCGCCAUGUCCCCCUGCGCAGAGUCCACCUGUUCACUUUCCUGCAGGUGUUGUGUCUAGCCCUGCUCUGGAUCCUCAAGUCAACUGUGGCUGCUAUCAUUUUUCCAGUCAUGAUCUUGGCUCUUGUAGCUGUCAGAAAAGGCAUGGACUACCUCUUCUCCCAGCACGACCUCAGCUUCCUUGAUGAUGUCAUUCCAGAAAAGGACAAGAAAAAGAAGGAGGAUGAGAAGAAAAAGAAAAAGAAGAAAGGAAGUCUGGACAGUGACAAUGAUGAUUCUGACUGCCCAUACUCAGAAAAAGUUCCAAGUAUUAAAAUUCCAAUGGACAUCAUGGAACAGCAACCUUUCCUAAGUGAUAGCAAACCUUCCGACAGAGAAAGAUCACCAACAUUCCUUGAACGCCACACAUCAUGCUGAUAAAAUUCCUUUCCUUCAGUCACUCGGUAUGCCAAGUCCUCCUAGAACUCCAGUAAAAGUUGUGCCUCAAAUUAGAACAGAACCUGAGCCUGAAGACAAUGAUUAUUUCUGGAGGAGCAAGGGAACAGAAACUACAUUGUAACCUGUUUGUCUUUCUUCAGACUGACAAUUUUUGUUGUUAAUGUUGUUGUUUUUUGUCUGGUUGUUUAUUUUUUAAUUUUUGUUUUGUUUUAGUUUUUGGUCACUGGCCAAAUAAUACAGCGCUCUCUCUGCUUCUCUCUUGCAUAGGUAAAAUCAAGACAAUAGUGCACCGUUCCUUAAAAACAUCUGAAGAAUCCCCUUUGUGUUCUUAUACUUUCAAAUAUGUCCUCUGAUAACCAAAUUCCUCUGUCACUCAAGACACGCACAGACCCUGUCCUUUUCCUUUAUUAAGCAGAGGGCAAAAGUAUUAAGGAUUUUAUAACAUCUUUUAUUAAAAUAUUGAAGGAACUUAAAACUUUUAGUUUUGGAGCUGUGCUUACUGGCUUGUCUUUCUGUCUGGUAGAACAAACCUUGACCUCCAGACAGAGUCCCUUCUCGCUUAUAGAGCUCUCCAGGACUGGAAAAAGUGCUGCUAUUCUAAUUUGCUCUUGCUUGUAAACCCUAAUCUUAGAGUUAUCAAAAGAAGAAAAACUAAAGGUACUUUACUCCCUGUAGUAAACUAUUGCCAUCAUUGUAGCAAGUGCUGGAAUGUCCCUUUUUCCUAUGCAACUUUUUUUAACCCUUUAAUGAACUUAUCUGUUGAGUACAUUGAAGAAUAUUUUUCUUCCUAGAUUUUGUUGUUUAAAUUAUGGGGCCUAACUUGCGACUUAUUUUUUGUCAAUUUUUUAAACUUUUUUUUAAUUACUGUAAAGAAAAUGAAUUUUUUCCUGCAGCAGGAAACAUAGUUUUGAGUAGUUCUACCUCUUAUUUGUAGCUGCCAGGCUUUCUGUAAAAAUUAUAUUGUAUAUAAUGUGAUUUUUACACACACAUAUAUACACACACACACAUACACACACACAAAUUCACAAUCUCUAGGGUAAGCCAGAGGGCUAGAUCAGAUUAAAAACACCAUGUUUCUAAGCAUCCAUUUUUUCCUUUCUUUAAAAGAAAUUUAACUGUUCUAUGAAAGAGAUUCGGGGAGAAGGAAGAAGGUCCUAUGUAAUGGGAUUAACUGAUGUUUUGGUAAUAGUAGUAUCAAGGCACAGAUGCUGAUUGUAUUACCAUGUCAAUGUCCUAUGCAGUAUUGUUAGACAUUUUUUUCAUUUUGAAAUAUUUGUGUGUUUGUUUAUGUACUCUGUGUGUGGCUGGUGCACAUAUGUGCAAAGUUAGAAAAAGAACCGAGUGACAGUAGGCAAAGGGCAAAGAUAUCCAGCCUCUUGUGUCAGUUUUCAUAAAACCUAAACCACAUAUGAAAAAUCCAUCAAGGUCCAAGAGACUUACCAUAAUGAGGGUAAAUAUAUUUUAUUACCCAGAUAUCAGUCACCAUCAUUGAUGCAAUAGCCCAUAUUUACAAUACAAAAUCCAUAGGAAUAUUAAUAGACCACUAGCACAUCUAUAAAGCGUUUAUGGGAAUGCAGAUAAAUCUGCAGAGCUAUAUGUUUUACAAUACAUUUUAACAAUACGCACACAUUUUUUUAGAGUGGAAAGGCAAUUAUUCCUUGUGAUUGGGGCAUUUAGAAUAUAUAUGUGUAUAUAUCCAUGUGUGUGUAUUUCAAAGUACCACAUUGAAAAUUAGAAAAAAGAAAAUUAGAUCUUUAUUAACCAAAUUUAGCAUGUUAUUUAAAUUUAAUGUUUUUAAUAGAUUGCAUUAUGUAUUGUGAAUCUGCCUUAAAAACAACAUUUAAAAAUGUUGAAUCCAUCAUUUUGGAUUCAUAUAACCAUAUUUGUAAUAAAUCCUAGCUAAAACAGGUUGUUGGAGGAGUACUAGAAGCAGAAUGAAACCACUUAUUUUGGUUUCCUAAUAUGCACAUAUUCACUUUCACUCUUUCCUAUAUUAAUUAAAUUAUAAUUCUGUUCUCUUGAAAUUUUAAUUAUAAAAAUUUUAUUAUCCUGAAUUAGCUGUUACUUUUAUAGUAUCUGAUAAUCUUAAAACUUUUAACUUUAUACAAAUUAGACAUAAAUGAUCUGCAAAAUGAUCGUUAAAAUGAAAGUGGCAAAUUACAUGUUAUUUGUUAAAACCUCACGUGCCAAAUUUUGGUGUCACGUUGGUAUUUAGAGCUAUCCUUAAAAUGAUUAUUCUGUAUUAUCUAGCUUUUCAUUACCCUAACAUAGAUUUAUAUAAGAAGCUUUCCCUUUUUCUUUACUGAUGGAAGCAUCAAUAAAAUGUUUAAAAGUCAUGCAUAAUAUGUUCAGCUUAACUUAUGAUCUUGUUAAAUUAAAGACACUUUUGUUCGCUUUUAUAAAAACUCUAGAUAUAAUAAUUUAUUUUUCUGAUCAUGAAUCAAGUAUUUGAGGAUUCAUGUCCCUCUCCAUCCCUUUCAAAGAACUGAAGCAACUUAACUCAGUAUUUCAGCCUUUGAGCAGAUCUGAAAGCUAUCUGCACUUCCAUUGAUGAUCCCUGUUCUGUGACAGAAGGUUGAAAUCCAUGAUAUGAAUGCAGAUAAUACCUUACUAAAAGGAACAGUUAAUAUCAAACACUUUCAAUAUUUUGGAACUCAGGGAAAGUUUCAAAAAAAUAAUUACUUUCAGAGGGACAGAAGUAGUUACCAAACAAACUAACAGAAUGUGAGGUCCAUACAGAGGCACCAAAUUAUCUGUAUUUUAACUGAGUUUACCCAUUGUUUAAGAACUAACCUGAUUUUUGGGUGGUUUUGUUUCUAUGUAAACUGGACACACAGAAUACAAUGGUAAAUUUUUCACAAAGUGUUGCUCCGUGAUGUGAAUACGGAAUUAAAAGAUUCAAGUUGUUGGAAGUACAGAACUAAGUGUCCACUCAGAGAUGUUACCCAGAAGUUCAGUGGUUGUAUAGACUUACUAUUGGAAGAGAUCACUAGGCCAAGAGUCUGCUUUAUCAACGGAGCAUAAGGGCCUCUGGUUUUGCAUUUGUAAGAAAAUCUCUUGGAGACACUGUUUUCCUUGAUAAAAGUCACUCUUCUCUACUACGUAAAACAAUGACUUGGAAUCCUCUUUAUUUUGUGUGCUGUAGGCAGCAGUAUUCCUGCUUCUUCUUCCAGUCAAGCAGUGGACUGGGGGUGGGGAAAUGGAGGCUUAAAGAAGAAAACAAAACCCUCUCUAAUCAGCCCCCCACCUCAAAGAAUGGGGGGAGGGGUAAUUGUCUGCCAUCAAAAUUCAGUUUGUGUAUAUUUUAUGCACAUGCACCAACACACACAGAGUAAAUCUUUUAUCAGCUAUAUUGGUGUUUAAUACAGAGAACGAUUGUCUUCCAAGUUUUUGGUUCUUUUUCCUUUUUUAAACUGUGUUAAAGUACUUGAAAUGUAUUGACUGCUGACUAUCUUUAAAAAACAAAACAUUUGAGUUGUAUUACUGAGGUUGACAUUGUUCAGGGAUGGGACAAAGCUUUCUUCAAUCCUUUUCAUACCACUUAAUGAUUUUGGUGCAGGAACUUGAGAUUUUCUUAUUUAUUCCAUGAUAUUUCACAUCCGCUCUUCACAGCAUGAGCAUGAAGCCCAGUGGCACCCAGUGGCUGAAUAUAAUCAAAUGAUGUUAGCACUUGACUAUCUGAAGGGCCUUGGGAGUUUUCAGAUGAUGAUUUCAUUGAGUUUUAUUGCAGCCUGAAAUAAAAAAGUUUUGUGAUAUAUGCUAACCAGUCAAGUUGUGUUUUGACCAGAAAUUUGGAUAUGUCCUAUUUCUUGACUCAUUUCUUUGUGCUCUAUGGGUA